AUGGAGAAAUAUAUGGUUAUUCGCCCAAUUCCCAUAAUUCUCGAUGGCUCCAAUUAUAAUCAAUGGACUGAAGCAAUAAGCGAAUUCUUGAAAGGCCGUCUACUUUGGCGGUACGUGACAGGCGAUAAAAAGUGUCCGAUGAGAAGUUUCGAUGAAACUUUAGAGACUUUUAUCAAUAAAUAUGAGGAAUGGGACAACACGAAUCAUUUAAUCAUUACUUGGUUUCGAAAUACCUCUAUUCCGAGUAUUCAUCUACAAUUUUGGCGAUUCAAGAAUGCCAAAGAGGUAUGGGAUCAUUUAAAACAACGUUAUACUAUCUCUAAUUUAUCCCAUCAAUAUCAGUUAUUGAAGGAUCUUAGUAAUUUGAAACAACAAUAUGGUCAACCUAUUUAUGAGUUUUUACCACAGAUGGAAGUUAUUUGGAAUAAGUUGGCCUCAUGUGAGCCUUCUUUAAAAUAUGCCACUGACCUAAAAUCAUAUGAGACUCACCGCAAUCGUAUUCGCCUUAUUCAGUUUCUGAUGGCUCUCACUGAUGAUUAUGAAUCAGUUCGAGUUUCCUUGUUGAACCAAAACCCUUUGCCUACACUAGAGAAUGCUCUUCCUUGUCUCAAGUAUGAAGAAACUAGAUUAGGACUUGUUCACCAACAAGUUGAUAAUGCCUUCUAA